AUCUUUCUUCGUUAAAAUACCAUCAAUUCUGCAUUCAUUCUUUCACUCCUUAUUUAGACAAACAUAUAUCUUCUCUUCCUCUUCCCCCAUCUCACGCCUGCUUUGUUUGCUUCUGUCUUUCUCCUUCUCCCAUUAUCAUGUUCUAAAGGCUCCACCAUUUUUUAGAAAAGAAAAUAUUGGAAAGAAACAAACUCAAGGGUGUGAGAGGGAUCGGAGUGAGUUUGCAUUGCUUCUAAGAAUUCAAAUGGGUUUUUGAAUAUCUUGUCGUUCUACCAAUAUACUUCAAGGGUUCUCCACAAGAAGGUAGAAGGGAUGAUGGCGGUAACGUCGGCGUGCAAGGACGCGAACAAGGUGGCAAUGGACAAUGGGAAGUACGUCAGGUAUACGCCAGAGCAGGUAGAGGCUCUGGAGAGACUCUACCAUGAGUGUCCCAAGCCCAGCUCCAUGCGCCGCCAGCAACUCAUCAGGGAGUGUCCCAUUCUCUCUAACAUCGAGCCCAAGCAGAUCAAAGUUUGGUUCCAAAAUCGCAGAUGCAGAGAGAAACAGCGGAAAGAGGCAUCACGCCUACAAGGUGUGAAUAGGAAACUGACUGCAAUGAAUAAACUAUUAAUGGAGGAGAACGAUAGGUUGCAGAAGCAGGUCUCGCAAUUAGUGUACGAGAACAGUUUCUUCCGCCAACAAACACAGAAUGGGCAGGCGACGCUAGCCACCACAGACACGAGCUGUGAAUCAGUGGUGACGAGCGGUCAGCACCAUCUGACUCCGCAGCAUCCGCCGAAGGAUGCCAGCCCUGCAGGACUUCUGUCCAUUGCAGAGGAAACUUUAGCAGAGUUUCUUUCAAAGGCCACUGGAACCGCUGUUGAGUGGGUCCAAAUGCCUGGGAUGAAGCCUGGUCCGGAUUCCAUUGGAAUCGUUGCUAUUUCUCAUGGUUGCACUGGAGUGGCAGCUCGUGCAUGUGGACUUGUGGGUCUUGAUCCUACAAGGGUUGUUGAAAUCCUUAAGGAUCGGCCUUCAUGGUUUCGUGAUUGCCGAGCUGUGGAUGUUGUAAACGCACUGUCCACUGGAAAUAGUGGAACCGUCGAACUGCUUUACAUGCAGCUCUAUGCACCAACAACUUUAGCAUCAGCUCGUGAUUUCUGGUUGCUGCGCUAUACGUCUGUUAUGGAGGAUGGUAGUCUUGUGGUUUGUGAAAGAUCACUCAACAACACUCAGAAUGGUCCAAGUAUGCCACCUGCACCAAAUUUUGUGAGGGCAGAAAUGCUGCCCAGUGGGUAUCUGAUUAGACCUUGUGAAGGGGGUGGAUCCAUCAUUCAUAUAGUUGAUCACAUGGAUUUAGAGCCUUGGAGUGUUCCUGAAGUGUUGCGCCCACUUUAUGAAUCGUCAACAUUACUCGCUCAGAAAACAACAAUGGCGGCUUUGCGCCAUUUGAGGCAGAUUUCUCAAGAAGUCUCUCAGCCAAGUGUCUCAGCUUGGGGGAGAAGACCUGCAGCUCUACGUGCAUUUAGUCAGAGAUUAAGCAAGGGUUUUAAUGAGGCUGUUAACGGAUUUACUGAUGAAGGCUGGUCUAUGUUGGAAAGUGAUGGUGUUGAUGAUGUUACCCUUCUUGUGAACUCAUCUCCUGCAAAGAUGAUGGGUGUAAAUCCUUCAUUUUCUAAUGGAUUUCCUUCUAUGGGCACAGCAAUUUUAUGUGCAAAAGCAUCCAUGUUGUUACAGAAUGUGCCUCCAGCAAUUCUACUUAGAUUCUUGCGAGAACAUCGAUCAGAGUGGGCAGAUAGUGGUAUUGAUGCUUACUCAGCUGCUGCUAUCAAAGCUGGUCCCUGCGGCUUACCAAUCUCUCGAUCAGGAACUUUUGGGGGUCAGGUUAUUCUUCCACUGGCUCACACAAUUGAGCAUGAAGAGUUUAUGGAGGUCAUUAAGCUUGAAAGCAUGGGCCACUAUCGUGAGGACUUGAUCAUGCCUGGCGAUGUCUUCCUCUUGCAGCUUUGUAGUGGAGUGGAUGAAAAUGCCAUUGGCGCCUCUGCUGAACUCAUCUUCACUCCUAUUGAUGCCUCAUUUUCGGAUGAUGAUGCACCUAUUGUUCCUUCGGGUUUUCGCAUUAUUCCCCUUGAUUCUGGAAUGGAUGCUUCUAGUCCAAAUCGUACUCUUGAUCUUGCAUCUACUCUUGAAGUUGGAGCAACCGGAAAUAGAACAAGUGGCGAUUAUUCUGGCCGUUGUGGGAGCACAAAAUCUGUCAUGACAAUAGCGUUUCAGUUUGUUUAUGAAAUCCACCUUCAAGAAAAUGUGGCAACCAUGGCUCGACAGUAUGUUCGUAGUAUUAUUACCUCUGUCCAAAGGGUGGCAUUGGCACUCUCACCUUCUCGUUUUGGCACUCAUUCUGGUUUUCGGUCACCUCCUGGCACUCCUGAAGCACAAACACUUGCUCGGUGGAUUUGUCAGAGCUAUAGGUGCUAUCUGGGUGCAGAGUUACUCAAAACUGAUGCAAACGAAGCCAUACUCAAAAAUCUUUGGCUUCACUCUGAUGCAAUUUUGUGCUGCUCUUUGAAGGCACUGCCAGUUUUUACAUUUGCAAAUCAAGCAGGACUUGACAUGCUAGAGACAACCUUGGUUGCACUUCAGGACAUCACUCUGGAGAAGAUAUUUGAUGAUAAUGGACGAAAGGCCCUAUUCUCAGACUUCCCACAAGUAAUGCAGCAGGGUUUUAUGUGCCUUCAAGGUGGUAUCUGCCUGUCAAGCAUGGGACGGCCAAUCUCCUACGAGAGAGCAGUGGCUUGGAAGGUAUUAAAUGAUGAAGAAGAUGCUCACUGCAUCUGUUUCAUGUUCUUCAACUGGUCUUUUGUGUGAACAUUUGGCAGUAAUUAGGAUAGGGAUAGGUAGAUCAGAAGAACUUUUUUCUACUCUUAGGCCUUUUUUUAAGUGACAUGAUACUGUGUUAAAUGUUGUAACAAAUUACAAAUGGUAUCUUGGGCCUUGAUUUUGGUUGCCCCAUUUUUAACUUCCGCUUUAUGCUUUAUUAUCGAUCAAUCAUUAUCCUCAUUUCUUAGGCCUU